UCGACUGUAACAUCGCCUCCGUUUACUGGCUCUCCUUCUCGUAACGUGUCAUAAACACUGCAAACCGGACGCUGACAGCAAUCCUGGAUUUAAAAAAGCUUGUAAAUAAACUUAUAAUGAGCAGAUAAAACAUUGGAAGUGGUUUAGUUUUGAUGAGGAGAAGAGACGAUGGAGAAUAUUCAAAAUCUUCCCAUCGACAUACAGACCAGCAAGCUUUUGGACUGGCUGCUGGAUCGACGUCACUGUAACCUGAAAUGGCAGAGUGCAGUGAAAGCGAUCAGAGAGAAGAUCAAUGCUGCCAUCCAGGACAUGCCAGAGAACGAGGAGAUCAAGCAGCUUCUCUCUGGCUCCUACAUUCACUACUUUCACUGCUUGAGGAUCGUGGAGAUACUGAAAGGAACAGAAGCUUCCUCUAAGAACAUCUUUGGCAGAUAUUCAUCUCAGAGGAUGAAGGACUGGCAGGAGAUUGUGUCCCUUUAUGAGGCAGAUAAUGUCUAUCUGGCGGAGGUGGCCAGCUUGCUGAGUCGCAACGUGAGCUAUGAAGGACCGGCUCUGAGGAAGCAGCUGGCCAAAGCCCAGCAGCUGCAGCAGGAGCUGAGCAGGCGGGAAGUGGAGUGCCAGAGCUCAGCCGCAGACCUGAGGGAGCGCUACUAUGCUGCCUGCAAACAGUACGGCAUCAAAGGAGAAAAUGUUCCUCGUGAGCUGCAGGCCCUGGUGAAAGACUUACCAACGGUUCUCGACGACGUCGGGAAGGACACAGCGAAGUUAGAGGAGCAAAUUCAACUUUACACCGCCUUCACAAACUUUGUAUGCGAGUGGUCUGACUCUGUGCUGCCCUUGCUGACAUUUGCCCAGAGGAGAGGAAAUGCAACGUUUUAUGAGUGGAGAACGGGGAAAACCCCCACAGUUGUUGAGAAGCCCGUUGUGGAGGAGGCAACUCCUGAUACAGUCACAGAGGACAUGAUCGACUGGGGUGACUUCGGCAAAGGAGCGGACACUCAGGGUGUGACCUCUGCCAUCACAGUGGAAGAUGGGAUCGACUGGGGGAUCAGUCUGGAGCCGAGCUCUGAGGAUACUGGUGCAGGCGGUAUUGAUUGGGGUGACAGUGAAGUUGCUCCCAUUGAAAUUGAAAUCGUAGAUGCGGGCACAGACUGUCCUGAUGGGGUGGCAAGAGGAGAAGAUGCUUUAAGUAUACUGGAGAACUCCCAGUCACGCAGCCAGUUCAUUGAUGAGCUAAUGGAGCUGGAAGUUUUCCUCACCCAGCGUAUGAGUGAGAUGGGAGAAGAGGCCGAUGUGGUUGCUAUGAGCCAGUUCCAGCUGGCCCCCUCCGUCAUCCAAGGCCAAACCCGCGAACACGUCCAGAAGAUGCUGUCAGUGGUGCAGGACCUUCUGGGCCGGCUGACCUCCCUUCGGAUGCAGCACCUGUUUAUGAUCCAGGCGUCGCCACGGUAUGUUGAACGUGUGUCAGAGGUGCUGAGACAGAAACUGAAGCAGGCAGACAUUCUGGUACUGAAGAGCUCCACGAUGGUUGAGAGACGGCAGGAAGCCCUGGAGGAGCAGUCCAGACUGGAGCCUCGUGUUGACCUGCUGGCAGGAUGCACCCGGGAACUCCAGAAACAGAUUGAAGCAGAUAUUUCAAAGCGAUACCACAACAGGCCCGUCAACCUCAUGGGGGUCAAUAUAUAACGAGAUCCACAGACUCCACAAAAGUAUUUUGUCAUGAUCUACAAGGAGAAAUAAAAGUGGUAUUUAAUUUAAA